AUGAUAAUUCAGAUAAUCUUAGCUCUAUUUCUAUUUAUGUUUUACCUAUUAGUUGUGAAACCAUUGGUUCCUAUGAUAAAACUAAAAAUAUAGUUUGGAGAUGAUUGUUUAAUUAGAUAUCAUCUAUUUGGAGGUGAACUAUGGUAAGCAUUAAAAGAAAUGAAGACAAGCAAAGAUUUAUUCAAAAGUCACCGAGACUUAUAUCUCAAACAUCCAUAUAAAAUAUUAGUAUCAAAUUUUCUUUGGAGAGUAAGGAUAUCUGUUGCUGAUCCAGAAUAUUAUAAAUUAAUGUUACUUAAUCAUUAAUAUUAUACUAAAAUUAAUAUCAUCAAUCAUGAGUAUUUAUUAUAAUAGAUAUUUAGUAAUGUUAUUAAAAAGGGUUUGGUUUUUUCAAUGGGAGAAAAAUGGAAGUCAUAAAGAUAACUUUUAAGUGAAUCAUUCGAAUAUGAUUAACUUAAAAGUCGUUUACCUAUGAUAAAUGAAGUUUGUCUGGAAAAAAUUAAUUAAAUUAGUGGAGAUAAUGUGUUGUAAUUUCUAGAACUCAUAACAGGACAAAUAGUAAUAAGAAGUUUUUUUGGAAAAUCUGCAGAAGGAGUAAAAAUAAAUAACAAGGAAAUUCAAAUAGAAAUUGCAGAUUUAUUAAAUGAUAUGGGGGAAUUAAGAUUUAAAUCAAAAUAUUUCUUCAUUAAAAGCUUCUUUUUAGGUACUAAGGGUUGGAAUUUCUUUCCAACUUAGAAUGAAAAAUAGCUAUUAUAAAGAGUUUCUGAGAUGAGACUUGCUAUUGAGAAAUUGAUAUAAAAAAGGAUUGUAGAGAUAGAAAUAAAAAUGGAUGAAAAUGAAAAUGAUAUUAAAUCUAGAGAGACUGACUUUUUAGAUGUACUUAUUAAAGAAUAUCUAAAAUCAAAGUAACAAGGUUCUUAAAAAAUAACAAUUGAUGAAAUUAUAUAAUAGUUUACCACUUUGUUUUUUGCAGGUACAGAUACUACAGCUGUAUUAAGUUAUCAUUGUCUAUAUUUUUUGGCUUAAAACCCAGAAAUACAAUAAGAAAUAAGAGAAGAAGUUCUAACAAUUUGUAAAAAUGAUAGUGUCUUAGAUGACAAAAUUAAAUAAUUGCAUAAAUUAUCAGCAUUCAUUAAUGAAGUUUUAAGAAUUAAGAAUCCAGCUGUAAGGUUAUUGAUAAGAUAAUGCAAUCAAACUCAUAAAGUAAAGGAUCUUACAAUUUAAAAAGGUAUUCAAUUCAAUAAAAUUUAGGUUGGAAUGUGAUAAUUGAUUAUUAAUUUCAAUAAUUGUUAUCCAAACAUUUUUCUAAUCCUGAAAAAUUUGAUUAUAAAAGAUGGUUAGAAACUGAGCCAAUAAAGGAAAAUCAUCAAUUUGUUUAUCUACCAUUUUCAUCAGGACCAAGAAAUUGUAUUGGACAACACAUGGCUUAAAUGGAAGCAAAGAUUAUUUUAUCAUAAAUUCUUAGAAAAUUUUAGAUCAUAAUUAAUCAAGAUGUUAAUGUAAGGUGGGCUGCUAGAUUUCUAUAUUAAUUAUAACCUGAAAAUUGUGUUAAAUUAUAGAAAUUAUGA